UGCAGGGAUUCAUACAGCGAGAGAGAGACUGAGAGAGUGAAAAAGAGAGGCAGAGUGGGUGUGUGUGCUAGCGAGCCAAGGUCUUUUCAGAGCUAAACAUAGCAAGGUUGGCAGCAGUGUCAGUGUACAGUAGAUGUGACUCGUAUUUGCCAGCGCUGUUUGAGGCCAGCAACUCUUCUCGCCAUGCAUAUUCUACACUCGCACUGCGUCAUAAGGUGGAUCGAUGGCCCGAAAAGGAAAAGAAAGAACAGUUCAUGUUCUGUGAAGAGCAUGUCUGAAAUGAAUGGAUACGGACAGACUGGGUCAGAGAGUACAGGGUACAUCCCCAGCUACCUGGAGAAGGAUGAACCGUGCGUGGUGUGUGGAGACAAGGCCACUGGCUACCACUACCGCUGCAUCACCUGUGAGGGCUGCAAGGGUUUCUUUCGGCGGACAAUUCAGAAGAACCUCCACCCCGCCUACUCCUGUAAGUACGAUGGCUGCUGCAUCAUCGACAAGAUCACCCGCAACCAGUGCCAGCUGUGCCGCUUCAAGAAGUGCAUCGCAGUGGGCAUGGCCAUGGACCUCGUCCUGGAUGACUCUAAGCGGGUGGCCAAGCGGCGUCUGAUCGAGGAGAACCGGGAGAAGAGGAAGAAGGAGGAGAUGGUGAAGACUCUGCAGAACCGGCCGGAGCCCACCGGCUCAGAGUGGGAGCUGAUCCGCAUGCUGACCGAGGCCCACCGCCACACCAAUGCACAGGGCUCCCACUGGAAACAGAAACGCAAGUUCCUGCCAGAGGACAUAGGUCAGUCUCCCGUGGCCCCCACGUCGGACGGAGACAAGGUGGACCUGGAGGCCUUCAGUGAGUUCACCAAGAUUAUCACCCCUGCCAUCACCCGCGUUGUCGACUUUGCCAAAAAACUUCCCAUGUUCUCGGGGCUGCCUUGUGAGGACCAGAUCAUCCUAUUAAAAGGCUGCUGUAUGGAGAUCAUGUCGCUGCGCGCUGCCGUGCGCUAUGACGAAGAGAGCGAGACGCUGACCCUGAGCGGCGAGAUGGCGGUCAAGCGGGAGCAGUUGAAGAACGGCGGCUUGGGCGUGGUGUCGGACGCCAUCUUCGACCUGGGCAAGAGCCUGGCGCAGUUCAAUCUGGACGACACGGAGGUGGCGCUGCUGCAGGCUGUGCUGCUCAUGAGCUCAGACCGCUCGGGCCUCACGAGCAGUGACAAGAUCGAGAAGUGCCAGGAGACCUACCUGCUGGCGUUUGAACACUACAUAAACUACCGCAAACACAACAUUCCCCACUUCUGGCCCAAGCUGCUGAUGAAGGUGACGGACCUGCGUAUGAUCGGGGCGUGCCACGCCAGCCGCUUCCUCCACAUGAAGGUGGAGUGCCCAACUGAACUUUUCCCCCCGCUCUUCCUGGAGGUCUUCGAGGACCAGGAAGUGUGAGUGGCGCCCCCCCCCCCCCCCCCCCCCCCCCCCCCUCCCCGCUGCCAAAUAGUAGAGUGGCGACUUGGGAAGGAAUGGCUGUUUUUCUGGAGCAGGGGAGGGUUUUGGCAGGACUUGUGUUUCUCCGACAUUUACGUGGUAAAGAACAAACAACAGGCAACAACCACACACCAGCAGCAGAGGUCAAACAAACAAUGAUUUUUGCUUUUAACCAACCACCUCUUCGUAUCUGUUUUGGGGAAUCAGUUUGGCGGCCCUCCCUGUCUGAGCAGUCUCAUCCAGUGGGAGUUGCAUCCCUUUGCCAAGGCGCGCGCACGCACACGCACACACACUCUGGGUCCCUUCCCAGAGCCUUAUCGGCGGCACCUCAUUUGUCACUCGCCACUAGAUGGUGGUCUUCACAGCUUUGCACCGAUUUGAACUGAUGGCAACCAUGUUUUAAACUGGUCCGCUAAUUUCAGUCUCAGAAUUGGUGUAAAACAAUAAUUCAAGUGACGCUGUCACACACAAGCAGAGGUCCUGAGCGUGUGCCAUAUAGCGCCUAUCGUAGAGCAAAGCUACCAGUACCUACUAUCAUCUCCCAACGCAACUGAGCCAUGAGCGUGAUCAUGUUUGAAACAAGUCAGGUGCUAUGUUUAUAAGUCUCCUUUAAUUGUCUGAAAUGUGUAAAACUACAGACCAUGGCUCCGUAUCUACCUUCAGUUCUGUCAUUAGGCCGGUUCCUGUGACUCACACACACACACACACACUGGGCAGACGUGCCUUGUCAUUGCCUGUGCUGCUGGUGCCAGCAGUAGACCCUCUUAUGAAUGACAAUUGAGCCCUUCUCUCUCCAAGGAAAGUCAUCGCAGUGAAGGAAAGAGGGGAAGAUGGAAGGGGGCCCACUGACGGGGAGAGUUCUCAGAGGAGUACGAGUGAAAGAGAAGAGGGGAGGAAUAGGAUGAGAGAGAGAGAGAGAGAGAGAGAGAGAGAGUUAAAUCACUGGCAAGUAGACUCAAUGGCUGGAGACUGAACAGCAUCCAUAUAGACUCCCACACCCUGUCUGAAUAGCAGUGAACAAGGCAGGCAACUCAUGUCUCUCACACACACACACAUCCUCACCUCAGAAACUCAAAUGCCAUGUUGACUGUACACAUUGCAGUGAUGUAGCCCUGACCUGCAGGGUAAGUUAGUCCGAGUCUGCGCCUGUGUGACUCAGCUCAGUAUGGCCCCUCCAAGCUUCCAUACUCAGUUGUUAGGGUAGCGGUCACUGAGAAAGGGCAAGGUCAAUGACGUCUGCCAUUUACCUCAAAGUGGGCACACCUUCACGGCUGGGGCGCCGCCAUCGCUCCUGUGCCGACAGGCUCUACCUCACCUCUGGACACAGGGCAGCAGCCCCCAGCCUCCUCACCCACCCACCCACCCAUCUACACACACACACACACACACACACACACACACACACAAAAACACACACACACACACUCUUAAGGAUACUCAACAAACACACAUGGGUGGAAACUCAUAAGCACACAUACAUUAAGACGAAUCCCUCAAACACACAAUCUCAGUACUAUCACUCAGUUGAAAUGAAAUACCACUGAAGACAGGAGGGCCUGCCUUUCCCUAUGGGGACCUCAUUGGUUUCACUGACUUCUCUCCUCUUUUUCGGGGGAACGGGGGAUGGUAACCAUUACGUUCGGCUUUUCUCUUUUUUGUUAUGUGGGACCAAGUGUCACUAUUCAAAUUUGGAGUCCCUAUUUUUUAUUUUUUUCAGUUGAAACAGAAGCCAAUAAAUCACACGACGGAGGAAAUUGCAUGUCGCCCUGGAAGAGGAUUGGCUGGAGAAGCGAUACACCGCAAGCAAGCGGAGAACCCCAAGGUUACCAGGCCGUAGACGGGCGGGUUUAGCACUGUUGAGGGAACAAAAAAAAGUUCAAAGAGACAACCAAUUUUCAUUGAACGCUAAGCAGUAGUUUGUGAACGACUGAACGAGGCGGCGGGAGGGAUGAAUGGAUGGAUGCGUUUCAGCAUUCCGGGAGCAUGUGGAGGAACGCGUGAGGACAUGGAGCCGAGCGUUGAGUGGGACCAGGAUGGCGGGUACUCAUAGCAGACGGCCAAGCCUAACUGCAGCAACCUCAACCGCCGAAAUCGACUGUUACCAGACUUCAGAGCACUCUAGUGGAGCAGCCAGAGCCCCCUCACACUACUGCAGUAGUCCCAUCCCCUCUCUCCACCCUCCCCACCCUCAUCAGCAACUAUACAACCCCUAAUCCUCAAACCUAGCUUCAAGUCCUCUGUCAGGCAUGCCCCCUCCUCUGAGAGUCCUGGCCGACUCUGUAUAACAUAGGCCACUGGAACAGGGCUCCCAACUAACCAUGUCACAUUUUCAGUAUUAAACCAACAGCCCUCCUCCCCAACCCUCAUCCACUCUGGGCUGGAGACGUCCCUGGGUGAGGGAGGGAUGGUCCGGGGUCUGUUUGUCACUCAUACACUCUCCUCUCAGCAUUGGUCUCCAAGUCUACCCAGAUCCAGCCCCAGUACAUACUCCUUCCCUUGCCCAACCACCCAUUCACCCAACUCAAUGUAGGAGGCCAACGGUAGGUCUGAAAAAUGUACACCAAACUGAAUCCAUGCCUCUCCCUUGUGAGACAAGGCUGGCCAUAACCGCUCACUUAGAGCGGCGUUACCGAAUGAAUGUGAACUGCAAAGCAGCAAUGGGAGCGAGUGAAGGAGAGAGCGUAAGGGAGCGGGACAGAAAGAAGGUGGGGGCAUCAGCCCUUCCUUCCGUCCUUCGUAUGGCGUGGGUCGGAGGGGGACCGUCGCCCGUGGUCAAAGCUCCGUUAUGAACUCAGAGGACGGGGAGAUGAUCAGGUGGUCUCCCCCUUAACUCCCAGCGAGUCCCCACCUUCGGCUCUCCAUCAAGGCGAGCCACCAACUUUCACAUGGAGACGAUCGGCAACGGAAACAGAAGCGCCAUUCAAUGGAUGCGGGUAUGAAACUCCAAGCUUCGUGGACAAAGAACGAAGUGACAGAAAAAAAAGGUCCUUAGUUCCUGUGAGCCGAUUGGGUGUGUGUGUGUGUGUGAAAUGGUUGGUUGAAAUGCUGCUUUUACCUUCUGAGUUGAAUUUUUAUUGAGAAAGACAUAUAUGAUGAUAAUGAUUAUGUACCCAGAAAAGUGAAAUGAGGAAUAUAUGACUUUAAAAAGACUCCUGAACAAAAGUCGAAUGCUUGGAGAUCUUUUUCCCGUCAUUGUAUCUCAACGUUUUUUUUGUGUGAUGUUUAUGUAAUUUUUUUUUGUUUUUAACGCUUAAACUGCUUUACGUAAAAGAGAGAGAAAAAAGAACAGCCGUAGUCACUUUUUGACCACGCGUGCAGCGUAACGUAGACAUUUUCCAUCACCUAUAGUUUAUGUUGAUAAGCCAACUGUUCUGUUGUCUGUGCAUCUGUCUGAUUGUCCGUCCCUUUUCAGGAGGAAUUUACAACAAACAAAA